AGGAAACCGAUCCAUAUAAUGCUACAUGAGUUUGGAAGUUAAAACAACCGACUAAAAUUUAAAGGAGGGACGACAAGGACUGAUGUAAAGGGCUGUAACCGAGUUGUGUUGCUUUGCGCUUGGAGAGCGCAGCGCACCGAGCUCACUGAGCGCCUCAGAUGAGCGUCCUCACGGGAGAGCUUAGACCUGAAACCCUUCGGCUUCUAUUGGGGCUUUUGGAUACGUUUCAUAGAUGAGAACUACUCCGAAGAGAGCCGCUCUCCGUCGGACAAGGAGCACGUCAGUCUGCGGCGCACGGCGCGACACCGGGGACCAUGUCUGGCAAUCUCACCGAUUUUAACGACACGCUGCCGGAGCCUGAGGUCAAACACCGCAAUUUCCCAGCGCUUAUAUUCGGGAUUUUACUUAUUGUGAUCGUCAUUGGUGGAAACGUGCUCGUGUGCCUUAGCGUGUACUUGGAGAAGGCUUUAAAAACGACAACAAACUACUUCAUAGUAAGUCUGGCCUUUGCAGACUUGCUGCUGGCGGUGCUGGUCCUGCCGCUCUUCGUUUAUGCAGAGUUUCAGGGUGGAGUUUGGACCUUGAACAUGACGAUGUGUGAUGGCCUGAUGACCAUGGAUGUGAUGCUGUGCACCGCAUCCAUAUUCAACCUCUGUGCCAUCAGCGUGGACAGGUUCAUCGCAGUGUCCAUACCUCUGAAUUAUAACCGUAAACAUGUGGACUACCGUCAGCUCGUCCUGCUGUCUGCUACCUGGCUGUUAGCGUUAGCAGUGGCCUCACCUGUCAUCUUCGGUAUCAACAACGUGCCUGAGCGUGACCCCAGCGAGUGCAAACUGGAGGACAACAACUACGUAGUUUAUUCCUCCGUCUGCUCCUUCUUCAUACCCUGCCCCAUCAUGGUCCUGCUCUACUUUGGGGUUUUCCGUGGGCUGCGGCGUUGGGAGGAGGCCCGUAAAGCCAAAUUGCGGAGCAGCAUUGAGGCGUGCAGGAAGCUGCAGCACGCCGCCGUCGCCACCGCCCUGCCCCCUCUGACAGGCACCAUCCCGGGACCUCUGCCCAUGCCCCUGCCUAGGAUCAUCGAAAGGGAUCUGGCCCAGUCUCGGAUGGACGAUUCAGGGGACUACAUCCAGCAGGAGAUUCCUUAUCCUCGGCACUACAGAGAGAACUCUGUGCCAACACUGACGUUCAACCAGCUGCAGCACACCAAGAAGAGAGCCAAGAUCAACAGCAGGGAGAGGAAAGCUAUGAGGGUACUGCCUGUUGUCGUGGGCUGCUUCCUCUUCUGCUGGACUCCGUUCUUCGUGGUUCACACCAUGCGGGCCUUGUGUUUCACGUGCAACAUCCCUCCCGCUCUGAUGAGCACUGUCACCUGGCUGGGCUACGUCAACAGCGCCCUCAACCCCGUAAUCUACACCAUCUUCAACACAGAGUUCAAGAAAUUCUUCAAGAAGUGUUUCCGAAGCUGCUGCUGA